AUGCUGUUAGAUUUAUCAAAUUGUAAUUUAAGAAGUUUAGAAGAUUGUGAUAUAAUAUUAGAAAAAUUAAUUGAAUUAAAUUCUGAUUAUACAAGUAUAACAUAUUUGAAUGUUUCAAACAAUUUUAUAAAAUCUAUCAAAGGAUUAAGAGCUUUUGAAAAUUUGAAAGUUUUAAAUAUUUCCUAUAAUGAAUUAACAUCAUUAGAAGAUGAUUAUAUUCCAUCAUCUACGGAAAAAAUAAUUGCUGAUCAUAAUUACUUAACAGAUAUAUGCUUUAAAAGUAUUAAAAAGAAAAAAAAAAAAAAAGACAGUGAAGAAGAAGAAGAUUAUAAUGAACAAAUAAAUAGAGACAGAGAUGAAAUUAAAAAUAAAAAAGAAAUAGAAAAGAAAGAUGAUGUAAAUAAUUUAGUUAAUUGUUUCAAUGACUCAUUAAAUUCUUCUUUUUAUAAUACUUUCAAUAACAAUAUAAUAAAUGAAAAGAGUUUUUAUACAAACAAAAAUCUUCCCUUAAAUAGAUUAACAUAUUUAGAUGUUAGCUACAAUAAUAUUAAAAAAUUAACAACAUUUGAAAAAUAUUUACAUGUCAUGAACAAAAAAAUGAAAAACAAAAAUGAUUGUUAUUCAGAUGAUGUAAACAUAAAAAAUUAUAUUUCAAAUAAAACAGAACAAGAUGUAAUGAUUUUAUUUUUUAAUUCUUUAGAAACAUUAUAUUUAAGAGGAAACAAAUUAACUAAUUUAAAAGGGUUGAGUGUUUUUAAAAAUUUAAAGGUUCUUGAUCUUCGUUCAAAUCUGAUUAACCAUCCUGUGCAACUUUUUUAUAUUCUUGAUAAUAAAAAUUGGCUAAAAAAAUAUCAAGAAAAAAAAAUUCAAAAAAAAAGCAAUAGUUAUUAUUCUUAUUUUGUUUAUAUUUUAAAAAAAUAUAAAAACCUUAAAAAUUUACAAAAUAUAUUUUUACAGGGAAAUAAAAAUGUCUUAAAACCAAAAUAUUUAUUUAUGAAUGUAUUUAAUGUUUUAAGAAAUAUUAAUACAAAAAAUAAAUUAGUCACUGAUGUAAUUAAUGAUAGCUCUUCAUUUCAUACAAAAGAUUCUACUAUUCAAAAAGAAUAUUCAAAUGACGAAAAAAGAAAAAAAAAAGAUUCAUUUGAUUCUUUAGCAUCAACUACAAGUGAGUUAAAUGAAGAGAUGAAAGAUAAUUAUGUUCAAUUAUAUCUCAAUAAAAUUCAAGAAAAAGUAGAAGAUGAUGAAGAUAAUGAUGAAAAAAAAGAUAAACUGAGACAAAAAAAAAAAAACGAACAUGAGGAAAAUGAAGAUAAUGCUAUAAAAGGAAAAGUUGAAACGAGUGAAUAUGAUACAGAAGAAGAUGCUCAAGAGGAAAAACAUUAUCAACAAAAAAGGAAACAGUAUAUAAAUCGAAAACAAAAAGACAAAAAUGAAGGUUCUAAUAAAGAAGAGGAAGAAGAAGAAGAAGAGGAAAAAGAGGAAAAAGAGGAAGAAGGGGAAGAGGAAGAAGAAGAGGAAGAGGAAGAGGAAGAGGAAGAAGAGGAAGAGGAAGAAGAAGAAGAAGAAGAAGAUGAAGAUGAAGAUGAAGAUGAAGAUGAAGAAGAAAAAGAAAAAGAAAAAGAUAAAGAUAAAAAAGAUAAAGAAGAAGAAGAUGAAGUAGAAGAAGAGGAAGAGGAAGAGGAAGAGGAAGAGGAAGAUGAGGAAGAAGAGGAAGAUGAGGAAGAAGAGGAAGAUGAGGAAGAAGAGAAAGAUAAAGAAGAUGAGGAAGAUGAAGAAGAUGAGGAAGAUGAGGAAGAUGAAGAAGAUGAAGAUGAGGAAGAAGAAGAAGAAGAAGAAGAAGAAGAUGAAGAUGAAGAUGAGGAAGAAGAAAAAGAAGAAAAUGAAAAACAAGAAACCAAAGAAUAUAAGGAAGGAAAAGAAGAGAAACAAGAACGAGAAAAAAAACAAAAGAUAAAGAACAAAAUAAAGAAAAAAGAUGAAGAUGAAGAUGAAAGCGAAGACGAAGAAGAUACUAAUUAUGAUGAAGAAGAUAAUAAAGAAUAUGAAAAAGAAGAUAAAGAUAAAGAUAAAGAUAAAGAUAAAAAUGAAGAUGAAAACAAUGAUUAUGAUGAAGGAAAAAAUGGAUUAACAUUCAAUUUGAAAAAAGAAAGCUAUGAAACUUUAAUCCCACAAAAAUACUCAAAUGAAAAUAUAAAAAAUUAUAAUACGAAUAAAAUAUUAUAUCAUGAUUUAAAAAAUAAAAAAAAGAGAGAAAUAUCUAUAAAGAUGGAAAGUUCCCAUAAAAAUAAAGAAAAACUUAAUAAAAAAAUUGAAAGAGAAGAUAACGGAGAUAUCAAUGAUGAUAAAACUAGUAUGAAUGAUGAUUUCAAAAAAAAACUUUAUACUGAUGAAUAUGAUGAAGAUAACGAAAAAAUUGAAAAAUUAAUUCAAAACAUUAACCUAAAUGUAACAAAGAAUUCGUCGUAUUUAGUUUCUUUUUAUAACAAACUUAAAAAAAAUAUGAACAUAAAAAAUUAUAACGAUAGUAAUAAUUACAAUCUUAAAAAGAAUAAUGUAGAUACAAUCAAUAAAAAUAGCAAAUUGAAAAAAUUAAACUUCAAUAAUAUAAAAAAAUUAGAUAAGUUAGAUGUUAAAUUAAAUAAGUAUGAAAAGGAAAAAGGAAUAUUUAAUGAAAGAAAAGAAAUAAACGAAUUUAGAAAAAAAAAAUUGAAGCUUUUUAAAAGUGAUGAUACAAAGAAAUAUAAAGAAACAGAUGAUAUUUAUAGUAAAAGUGAAGUAAAAGAAAAAAAAUCGAUUAUGAAUAAUAAUGAAAAUAAAAAUUUUAUUGAUGAAAAUAUUUAUAAUGAAAAAAACAGAAAUGAAAAUUCAACGGAAAUAAAAUAUAAUUCUAAACUUAAUGAAUCUUGUUAUACUUCAUAUGCAAAAAAAGAUAAUAAAUUAGCAAAAAUUAUUAAAAAAAGAGAUAAAAAAAGUUACUGUAAUACUCAUAAUGAUGAAUACAAUAAUUUAAAUAAUAGUUUAGAAGAAAAGGAAAUGAAUACAGAAGGAAAUGAAUUAAGUUACCACUUUUCGUCCACUUUAAAAAAUAAAAUACCAAAUAAUGUACUUAAAACAAUUUUAAACAAAAAUAAUGAUAUUGACAAGUCUACUUUAACAAAUUUUUCUUCUAUUGACAGUGAUGUUUUUGAUAGUGAAUGUGAAGAGAAUAGUCACCCCUAUAAAAAUGAAAAUAAAGAAAUAUCUGAAGGAGUAAAUAAUGACAAAAUUAAAAAUGUUGCAAAAAAUAUCAAUUCAGAUAAAUUUUUAGAAAAGGGAGAAAAAAAUUUUUACAAGAAUAAUACCAAUUCUAAAAAUUCCAUAUUUGAUAGAAAAUACUGUUAUAAAUAUAGAGGAAGUGUAAUUAAUGAUAAUACAAGUUUUUGUAACAAUGAAACUAUAAAUAAAAAAUACAAUGUAAUUAACAAUAAUAGAGAAGUUAAGAAAAAAGAAAGUAUAAAUUACACAGAUAAAUACGAAGAUAAAAAAGGUAAAAGAAAUAGUAUAGAAUGUGAAUAUGAAGAUGUACAAAAAAGAGAAACAAAUAUCAAGGAGUAUGUAAAAGAUGACAUUUUGAAAGAAAGAAGAAAAAAAAAGGAAAUACAAAAUUUGAUCAUAAAUAAUAGAAACGAAAUAAAAAUGUAUGAUAAAGAAGAGAAUGAAACUAAUGAAAAAAAUAAGAAUUCAAAUGAAAAAAUAGAAAAAAUGUUCGAAAAAAGUGAAAAUGAAUGUAAAAAAGAUGAAAAAAAAGAAAAUAUAAUAGUUAAUAUUAAAAGAAAAGAGGAUAUAAAAAAUGAAAAAGAAAAAAAUAAAGAAGUAUUCAGAGAUAUAUUAAAAAUUGAUUUAUAUAAAAAUGAGAAAGCAGAAAAUAGUUGCAAAAAUAAUAAAAAUAAUAAAUGUGAAUUUUUUAACUCAAAAACAAGAAAAUUGAAUAAUUGUUCAUCUUCUAUUAAAUCUGAAUCAACAGAUGUAACUGAAAGAAAUGCAAACAAAGAAAAUGUUAGAAAAGAUAAAUUUUUACUAAAAGAUAAUUAUGUUGAUGAAAAUAAUUUUGAAAAUGUAAAUAAUUUAAAUGAACUAGAAAUUUCCAAAGAAAAUAAUAUAUGCACUUAUCCUGUCCAUUUACAAAAUUAUGAAAUAAAAAAUAUGAAUGAAAGUGUAUACAAUGAAACUUUUAUAAAUAGAAAAAGUAAUUAUUUGUUAUCUAAUAAUGAUGUAUCAUGUAUAAAUAAGGAUAAUUUACUAGAAAAUAAAAGCAUUAACUCAAAAAAUACUUAUUUAAUAAAUAAUAAAACUAAAAAUGAUGAAAAUAAUGAAAAUAAAAAAAUAUGUAUUAUAUCAACUAAUGAAAAAAAUGAAUCAUUAAGUAGUUUAAAUAAUUCAAAUAAAAUGAAAUCGUUAGAAAACUCCAACACUAAAGAUUCUAAUUUAACCAAUAAUUUAGCUCUAUAUCUAAAAGAUGUUUGUUUUAAAUUAGGAAAAGAAAAGCAGCAUAGUAAUAUUUUAUUAAAGGAAAAAAAAAAAUUAGAAAAUGAAAUAAAAUUGUUAAAUGAGAAUAAACUAAGAUAUAAAAAAAAAAUAAAAAAUCUAGAAAAAAAUUAUAAUGAGAAAAAUAAGAUUACUAAAAAAUAUCAGAAUAUGAACGAAAAAUUAAAAUCAAUUGAGAAAAUUAAAAUGGAUAUGCCAAAAGAUGACAUAAAUUUACAGAACAAAUAUAUUGAAAAUACGAUGGAACAGUUAUAUAAUAUAUUUUACGAUACCUUCGGGGGAAAGCAUAUAAUAACCAAAAAAAUAGAAAAUUUAGCAGAUGUAUAUAUUAAGAAAGAAAAAAAAAUGGAAAUUCAAAUGAUUGCACAAAAGAAGGAAUUAGAUUUAUUAAAAAAUGUAGAAGAAAUAGUUAAAAAAAAAAAUGAAUAUUACAAAGAAUUAUUGAAAAAAAAUGAAAUUAUCAAAAGCUUAAAUAGUAAUUUAACUGAAAUAACAAAAAGUGUUGCUGAUAUGAAAAAUAGCAUUAUUGAAAAUGAAAACAAAUCAAAAAAACUACUAAUAGAAUUAUCAAGAAAAGAUACCUUACUAAAAGAUUUAGAAACCAAAAGCAGUUUGAUAAUUAGUGAAAAAGAAAAAAAAUUUGAAAAAGAAAGAACACAUUUAUUAGAACUAAUAAAUGACAAAGAAGAAAAAAUUAAAUGUGUAGAACAGUACAAAGAUGAAAUAAAAAACCUUGAAGAAAAAUUAAAAAAUUAUUUAGAUAAAAAUGUAAAUAAAAUUAAUGACAAAAAUUAUGAAAAAAUUGUUGAUAAAUUACAUGAUCAACAAAUAAAGAUGCAUUCAUUAUUAACGCAAAAAGAAAAAAUUAUAAAUGAAAAAAAUAUACAAAUUGAAAAUUUGGAAUCACAAUUACAGUCAUGGGCAGAUGAAGCAACAAACUGGAUAGUUGUAGCAGACAAGCAUACAAAACUUAUAAAAAAUCACAAUAUAUUAAAAAAAAAUUAUGAGGAAUUAAAGUUUAAAUAUAUAAUGGAUAUGAAGUAUGUUCAAUCAACUAAAAAUGAGAAAGUCAAAGAACUUAUUCAAAAAUUUUCAUAA